UCGCUGGUCCUGUGCCCCGCCCCGCCGACCAAUUCCUGGUUGAGCUGCGGGCGGCAUGUCGGGGCGUCCGGGGCUCGGCCUGGGCUCAGCGCGGCUCCCGCUGCUCCUGUGCUGCCUGCGCCUGUGCCUGACGGGCAGCGCGGCGCCCCCGCACCUGGUGGUGGUGCUGGCCGAUGACCUGGGCUGGCACGACGUGGGCUGGCACGACUCCCUCAUCCGCACCCCGCACCUGGAUGCGCUGGGGGCGGGCGGGGUGGGGCUGGAGCGCUAGCCCCUGGGCACCCCGUCCCGGAGCCAGUUGCUCACCGGCAGGUACCAGAUUCAUACAGGUUUACAACACCAAAUAAUUUGGCCUUGCCAGCCCAGCUGUGUCCCUCUGGAUGAGAAACUUCUGCCUGAACUGCUGAAGGAGGCAGGAUAUGUUACCCACAUGGUAGGGAAGUGGCAUCUAGGCAUGUAUAAAAAAGAAUGCCUUCCAACCCGCAGAGGAUUUGAUACUUACUUUGGUUAUCUUCUGGGAAGUGAAGAUUAUUAUUCUCAUGAACGUUGUGUAUUCAUCAGUGCAAAGAAUGCAACACGCUGUGCUCUUGAUUUUCGAGAUGGAGAAGAAGUUGCAGUUGGAUAUGAAAAUAUGUAUUCCACAAAUGUAUUUACGAAAAGAGCGGUAGAUCUUAUAGCCAACCAUAAAACUGAGAAGCCUCUGUUUCUCUACAUUGCACUCCAAUCUGUGCAUGAGCCCCUUCAGGUCCCUGAGGAAUACAUGAAACCAUAUGCCUUCAUCAAAGAUGGGAAGAGACGUCAUUAUGCAGGAAUGGUGUCCAUUAUGGAUGAAGCUGUAGGAAAUGUCACUUCAGCCCUAAAGAGAUAUGGGCUUUGGGACAAUACAGUUCUCAUCUUCUCUACUGAUAAUGGAGGACAGACUUUGGGCGGUGGAAAUAACUGGCCUCUGAGAGGAAGAAAGUGGACACUCUGGGAAGGAGGAGUGCGUGGAGUAGGAUUUGUUGCAAGUCCUUUACUGAAACAAAAGGGAGUAGAAAGUCACGAACUGAUCCACAUCUCUGACUGGCUACCAACUCUAGUAAAACUUGUUGGGGGAUCUGUAAACAGCACUAAACCUCUGGACGGCUUUGAUGUGUGGAAAACUAUCAGUGAAGGAAGCCCUUCUCCUAGAAAGGAGCUGCUUCAUAACAUAGACCCUGUGUUUGUGGACACUUCCCCAUGUCCUGGUAUUAACAACAAGACAUCCUCACCACAUAAUUCUUUUACAUGGGAAGAUUCAAUCUUCAAUAUAUCCAUACAUGCUGCAAUUCGACAUGGAAGGUGGAAAUUACUGACAGGGUAUCCAGGCUGCAGCCACUGGUUCCCACCACCGUCUUUGUUCAGUGAGUCAAAGAUUCUAUCAUCUGACCCACCAACAAAGAAACUUUGGCUUUUUGAUGUUGUUAAAGACGCUGAGGAAAGAAACGACUUGUCUGAAAAAUAUCCUGGAGUUGUGAAAAAACUGCUCUCCCGGCUGCAGCACUACUAUAAACACUCUGUGCCUGUGUUCUACCCUGAUGAUGACCCCCAGUGUGACCCAGCAGCAGCUGGAGCCUGGGGGCCUUGGAUGUAGAAUACUAUAUUUGCAACCUGAAAAAUACAUCUGUGGUAUAAAUUAUGGACUCAGGGUCCUAGUCACAUAUUUUGAACUCAUUUCUUUUACCCUGUAACUGUGAUUUUAUCCCUUGAGUUAUUCAAUUCUGCUUCUUCUUAAGCAGUAUUGAAAGGAUCUAAUUUCACCCUCUGUGCUAGAAACACUGUUAAAACCAUAAAUUUGUUAUUUUGAUGUUCUUUGUCAAUGAUGUGUCUUUAAAAUAAAGGGAAAAAUGGUGCCUUUCUCCUAAAGCUGCUGGCCAGCUGGGAAAUAUUACUUCACUUGGAAAGCUCUAAUGAGACACAGAGGCAAGACUCUCCAGUUUUUUCACAUUUAAAGCUACAUGUUUGAUUUCAAGCUUGCCAGUGGCCACAUCUUAUAGGAGGGUAACACACAGGAUUUUUGAGAAGGGGGGCGGGUUAAAGGGAGAGAGGAGCCAAAAGUCUGAAUUCAGCUGGCAUUUCUCAGCUUUGCCAUACUAAUGUGUCCAGUAAUGGAUGCAUUCAGGAAUCUGAGCAUCAAACUCCUCCCACUGGACAACAAAAGAUCUGACUAUAAUUUGUCCUCUACUGACAUAUGGUCAGAGCACUGAUUUGAUUCAGUACCCACCUUGGCUGUGAACAUCAAGGCUACGUCUACAUUGCCAGUUUUGCCGGCAGUGAAUAUGCGAAUGAGGCACAGAUUAGCAUAUCACCAUGCCUCAUUUUUAUAAUUUAUGCAAUGUGUUUUUGCACAAACGGUUUUUGCAGAAAGAAAAGUAGUGUGGACGUUUUCUUUUUGCACAAAAACCCCUUUUCCUGCCAGAUCCUUUCCCUCCAGAUCCUUACGGAUCUGCUGGGAAAAGGGGGUGUUGCGCAAAAAGAAAAUAUCCACACUGCUAUUUCCCACCCUGCUUGCAAAAACCUUGCAUAAAUUAUGCAAAUAGGGUGUGAUGAUACACUAAUCCACGCCUCAUUUGCAUACUCACUGCCAGCAAAACCAGCAGUGUAGAUGUAGCCCAAUUCUUUAGUGCUUUUGUACCUUUUUUAUCCCUGCAGAGACUUAAUCUAAUACAGUAAACUUCCGACAAUCCGGCAGCUUUAGGACCCAGGAGGUGCCGGAAUAUCAGAUAUGCCGGACUAUC